AUGGUGUCACAAUUGAAUCUUGCAGCAUCCUCAGAAGAUCGACACUCACUAAGCUUCACCAGGCUUCACUUUGACAUUGAAAUUUGCCUUUGGGCUGAUGUUCAAGUUGUGCUGGCACUAAUGCGGCAGGUAGAGGGAGCCGUGGUGGGCGAGCGGGCCGGGGGGCGCGGGGGGCGGCAUGAAGGCGCGCGCCGCGUGCCCGGCGCCGGGCUCGUGCGGUGCGUGCGCGGCGUGGCCGGCGGGGCUUGCGUACGAUGCUUGGGGGGCGUGCUGUCAUUCAAGGCGGGCUCUCUUGGCGGGCGGCUCCCCUUCUCCACUCCAGUAAGCGAACUCCGGCAGCCACUUCAGCAGCUGAGCGUCGAAGAACUCCUCUAG